GCGACGACCUGGUUAUUGCUCAGCAAAAUUACACGCUCGCACUAAACAGCACAACGGCGCUGGAGGCUGCUCUAAGCUGUCCUGAAAUUCUGGAGACGGGUGUCCUCGCACCUGCAACUCACAUAAUAGCACUACUCCUGGAAACCGGAGAAGGACUCGCGGACCUCCAAUAUGACCCCGCUAGCUACCAAACGUACGGCAGGAGCGUUUGGCUGAUGGAUCCAUGGGGCGGCUGUCGUAUCGCCACACUGAAGGCGUCGUACAGACAGCAGCAACAGCAGCAGCAGGUGUCGUUGCAGGUGGAGCAGGCGCCAUGCGACUGGAGGCUGCAGUACAUCUGCAUGCCCAACCGGACGCUGGAGAAGCUAACGGAUGAGAUCACCCCCUACAACCCCUACUGGACCCCCGACGCGCCCGACCUCCCCCGUCCCAUCCCUUCCCUCGGUCUGCUGCCUAACUACACCCUCCGCUCCUCCAACCUCAGCCUGGGCCUGGCAUCCACAUCCCUGCCUGACGGGGUCUCGGUUGCCGCCGGCAGCGAUGCCUUCCUGGCCCGCGGUCCGGUGGUGAACCUAGUUGGGAUGUGGGGCGGUGAUGGGCUCCGGAGGCUGGGUGUGGUGCAUGCGGCGGACGGGGAGCUGGUGCUGGCGGGGGCGGGGGCGGAUCUGGUGGAUGCCGUGCUGGCCAUGAGCGGUGGAACGGAUGACUCCGCCUGGGCCGCCUUCCCCCUCAUCCGCGAGUACGGCAGCCCCUUCCUGCAGCGCUCGUACAUCACCCGCGUGGAGGGCUGCAUGGGGCUGGGGGCGGUGCAGCGGCUCAUGGUCACCACCUCCAUCGGGGCCACCUUUGCGCAGGGAACCGGCCGUUGCAUCUCCAACUUCCUGGAGGAGGCGCCCCUCGGCGGCUACCUCGCCGGGCUGGACAUCGCCUACCAGCCCGACGGUGGCAGCAACCCGGGUCCCACCAGCACCGCCAACUUCACCACCCCCAUUUUCCCCAACAUCCUGCAACUCAAGCUGCUUUGGGCGCUGCCCAGCGAAGCAGGCGCCAUGCGUGUCGUACCGCCACGAACCCUCCCAGUGGUUCCGGAGCCCGCUCCCACUUGCCGUACACCCCGUGUACUGCUGCCUGCCACGGAAGUGGACGACAGUACGGAAUGCGGGCCGACCAGCCUGGGGCAGUACGGCUGUCCGUCGUACAUGUGUUGCGGCUCCUCGCACUCCCGCAUGGGUCUGUGUGAUGUGAGCUCGGACGAGUGCCAGAUGACCCAAUGCGACUCCGCCUACGGCAUGUGCGGCGCGGCCCUCUUCACCGACCUGGUCAUCGCGGCGCACGAGGGCUUCCCGACCGCCGUUGCCGACGCGGCGGCGGUGGGCGCGGAUGCCAAGAAGGGCUGGAGCUGGAGCAGGAGUGCGCGGCAGCGCUACGAGGCGGGAAACCUGGCGUUGGCGGGACUGUCGGAGCCGGUGGCGCCCUCGCCGGUGCGUAACGCCACGACGCUGUACGCAUUACGGCAGAGCGCGAGGAUGGGCUUCAAGAGCGCCUCGGAAUACUGCAGCAACUUGGACACUCUGGGCCUCAGUUGGCAGAUCAUCGAGUUGAGCGACGCGCUGGCCUUCGAGGUGUCGCUCACCCUCAGCGGCGCAUUCCUGCACUCCCUGGAAGACAGCAUGGUGUGGGUGCGGAUGCCCUCCCUGGAGCAGUCCUGGGUCGACUCCUCCGACUGCUUCAGUGCCAUGUGGGGCAUCGACGCGAGCCAGGCGCAGCUGUCCAACGUGCAAGAGGUGGACUGCGCCAGCCCCUACCGGGUGGUCUGCAAGGCCAGCUGGCCGGGGGCCACCGACAGCGGCUGGGUGAAGGAAGGCGGCAGCCAUGCAGGGCAGCGGCGCUUCACGUCAGGUUCCCAUGCGAUCAGCGUGUCACGUGUGCGCAGCGGAGCCUCCAUGUCAGGUGCCUCGUGCGUUGCUGACUCGUUGCACGGCCUGACUCCGGAUGAGGCUGCCGACCAGCUCGCCUCCCUCCUCACCAGCACCGCCCUCAACACCAGCAACCCCUCCUCCUCCACCCCCACCGGCAGCGUCAACAUUACCUCCAUCCUCGCCUCCCUCGCCCUGCGCCCCCUCCUCUCCUGGUCAAACGUCCAAGACCGGCGCAUCAUCUCCUACGAAACCCUGGCCGCCAUGGCCGUACAAUACUACCAACCCAGCACCAAACGCACCCCCUCCUCCGCCUCCUCUUCCGCUUCCUCCUCCUCAACAUCAACCCCCGGUAGCAGCAGCAGCAGCAGCCCGCCCAGCAUCUCCGUCUCCCUCCCCAACACCCCCAUCACCUACUACAGCGGAACCAAAUGGCUCCCCGGCUCCCCCCACAUACUGGGAUCCUGGGACGGCACCUGGCUCAGCCCUAACGCCAGUGACGGCGUCGUAACGCCUGCAGCCGACGACUCCAAGCAGUACAGCAUUGGAUCCUACCUGUCGUACGACGCGGGCUGGCGGUCGUUUCAGCUAGACGUGUCGAUUGGGGAGGUGGUGGUGGAGUUGUCGGGGUGUCAUGGUGGGCUGAUAGAGCAGCUGCUGGUGCACACGAGCGCGGGCAGGGUGUGGAGCACCCCCACGGGUCCGGGAUUCCUGUGCAGCUCGUCCUUCAGGCUGACAGCACCCAGCGGGGGAUACCUGGUGGCAUUGCAGGCCCUGGGCGGCAGCUACCUGGAGGACCUGGUGGCCAUCUGGGGCACUCCGCUGAAGCCGCCCUCGCCUCCUCCUCCGCUCCCCUCACCCCCGCUCCCAUCACCCCCGCCUCCGCCUCCACCGCCCUCGCCCUCGCCGUCCUCUCUACCGCCCCCCUCGGCGCCGCCACUGCCCUCCCCGCCUGCUCCCAACUCCUCCUCCGCCAAGAUCCUGUCUGCUACCGACGGACCUGGGCAGCCGCGUGAGGCCGGCGAGUUCAAGAACGUCGCCAUCGGACUCAGUGUUGCGGGCGGGGUGGCAGUGGUGGUGGCGACUGUGCUGGUGCUGUGGAUGUUCAGGACGGGACGCUGGAGGGGCUUCAUGCGCAGCCGUCGCGUUGGAGGAGGAGGAGGAGGAGGAGGAGGAGGGGGAGGAGGAGGGGGGGAUGGGGGAAACGCGUUUGCGGCUGGGGUGCUGGGUGUGGGGUCGGAAUCGGGACCGUUGGGUGGAGUUGCAGGCGGAGGAGGAGGAGAAGGAGCAGCGGCGGCGGCAGCGGCGGGUAUACAGCUGUCGGAUGUGGUGGUGGACUGUGGGGGCGAUGCGGGGAAAGGCUCCAAGGCGGACGGCCUCAAGGGCGGCAGUCCCGCCGCCUCCAACAGCAGCAGCUCCGACUCCAUCGGCGACGCCGCCACCGUCACCUCCGCCUCAACCGACAACCCGCAACACACCCACGGGGCAGGCCCGGGAGCCUCCCCAAAGCUAGUUACAGAGGCGGAGGGAGGUGGAGGGGGAGGAGAGGCUGCUGCUGCUGGUGCCACGGCAGCGACGGCGGUGAGUGCUGGUACGUACGGCAGCAGCGGGUACGGAUCUGGAUCUGGAUCAGGAUUGGGUUUGCCGGCGGCGGCGGGCGCAGGGGCGGGUACGACAGAGCUUCCGCCACGUCCGUUGUCUGACGUCCCUGACUUGGCUGUGCCGGGUAUGGGCGGUGGCGGCUUUGGCACCGGUGCUGGAGGUCUCCCCUUGGGCGGCGGCAACACCGCGCCGCCUGGCAACAACAGCAGCAGCAGCAGCGCAGCAGCUGCCGAGCAGCUCAUGCAUGCGGCGCUCUUCCAGCGGGCGCUCUACGUGCAGCGGCCCUACCUCCCCGGCUCGCCCGACGCCGCCGCAGCAGCCUUGGCCGCAAGCCACACCUCCGGCGGCCUCUCCUCCGCAACCGCCUCCGGACUAGGCACGAGUACGGGCUCCGGAACCGCCGGCACACGGACGGGAACGUCCCUGGAGCCCCGCACUCGCACGGAGAGCGGCGGCUUGGGGACCUUGGUGGCGGGAAGCAGCCUGGCGAGUCCGCCGGUGUCGCUUGAGGGGGUGAUGCUUGCGAAAAAGGGGCAACAGCAUCCAAAUCCGGAUCCGAAUCCGGAUGGGAGGAGGUUGAAUCCCCUCGGGAACCCCUUGCAUGGGGUAGGAGGUGGUGGGGUUGGGGGUGAGGGCGGUAGGCAGGGAGACGGGGAGGGUGAGGAGGAGCCCUCCGAUCCGCACGGGCAGCGCAACUCGCAGCACCUGCAACGGCACCGGCCGCACGCUGGCAGCCCGCUGGGGGGCGCGUUGACGCCGCAACAGCGGCUGCAACAGCCAUUCGAGGGAGGGCAGCAGCAGCAGCAACAGCAACAGCGGCAACUGGAGGCUGGCCCACAGCAGGAGCUGGCGCCGCUAGGGUUAGCAGGGCCGGGGGCUGCGGAGGCAGCAGCCGCAGGGGCGGCGGCAGUUGCUGGUGGGGGGGGAGCGGUAUCAUCAGCAGCAGCGGCAGCGGCAGGUGUCCUACUGCCUGCGCUGCUGUCCCCCCCGGCGCUGCAAGGGCAGCCAUACCAGGGCAUGCAGUACACGGCGGCUGAGCUGCUGCUGGGUCGGGAUGUGAUGGUGGAUGUGGAGGACCCGGGGACCUACCUGGGACAUGGUACGUCGGGGGUGGUGCGGCGGGGCGCGCUGCGGCAACCCGACGGCAGCUGGCGGCCGGUGGCGGUGAAGCUGCUUAACUCGCCGCCCAGCGACCAGGCAACGGACUCGUACAACCGCCACCUGAGGACGCUGGUGCAGGAAGUGACCAUCCUGGGCUCCCUGCGCCACCCCAACAUCGUGCAGCUGCUGGGCGGCUCGCUGCAGACGGGCGCCUCCUUCAUUGUGGAGGAGCUGUGCGGCAAGACACUCAGCCAUGCAAUAUACGAUGUCUCCGCGCCCUACACCCUAGAACGCGUGCUGCAGUGGAGCUGCGACAUUGCCCGCGGCCUGGCCUUCCUGCACCCCAACAUCAUGCACCGGGACCUCAAGCCCUCCAACGUGCUGCUGGACGAGGCGGGCACCGCCAAGAUCUCGGAUUUCGGACUUGCGCGGUUCAAGGCACACACCACGCUGCACACUCGGGAUGCGGAAGUGGGCACGACCUGCUACAUGGCUCCCGAGUGUUUCGUUUCCGCGGACGUCAAGGUGACCGCCGCCUGCGACGUCUACUCCCUGGCCGUGCUCCUCAACGAGAUGGUCACCCGCUGCCGCCCCUGGAGCGGCGUGCGCACCGCGGUGGUGGGCUUCAAGGUGGCGGUGGUGGGGGAGCGGCCGGAGAUGCCGCCCCCCGACAGCGCGCUGUGCCCGCCGGGGCUGCGGCAGCUAAUCCAGGACUGCUGGGCGCAGCAGCCCGAGGAGCGGCCCAGCAGUGGGGAGGUGCUGAGGAGGCUGCAGGCGCUGUUGGAGGAGGGAGGGGAGGGGAGGGAAGGAGGGAGGGCGGAGGGGGAGCGGGACGGGGUGGUGGGGGAGUUGGCGGGGGCGGGAGCGGCAGUGGGGAUAGCAGGGACGGAGACAGGGGGGGCAGCAGCAGCCCAGGAGCAAGGAGUAGGGAUGGAGGAGGAGAUGAGCGCGGAGGUUGUGGCUCGGGGAGAAGCGGAACAGGCCUCGGUGGGGGAGGCGCCAGAGCGCCUGGAAGCUAGUGCGGGCGAGGAGCACGAAGAGGCUAGGACGGCGGGGAUAGGGGAAUAAUUUGCGCACUUCCCGGAUGCCUCCCGACGUCCUGAGCGUUUGACAUCGGGCCGGGUCCUGGAACUGACUUGAACACAUGCCUUGACAGCUCAUGUGGCCGGGAGCAGGCCCCAUGCCACAUGGUGUGCUGACAGGUACCUGUAUGCGGACUGCUGGCCGAUUGCCUGGCUACUCCGCCUCCGCUGCUGCUGCUGGUGUGUUUGGGGCAUGUCUUGGGCAGUUGGGGGCGUGUGACCGCGACCGAAGGUAGGGUUGGAACGUCUGAGAGGCAGCGGAGAGGUUCGAUCGUGCAUGGCGACCCGCAUGCAUGCGUGUCCCGCAUGUGCUGCUGAUCCCCCGCUGAGCCGGAGUUCAUGUUCUUGCAGCAUAAUGGGCACAUGUCAUGGGGCUAGUAGGAUGUCGUGGUGAUUACGACGAUACUGGAUGUCUUACUGGAUGGCGGCGGGCGUCAGGCUUCUUCUGCGCCAAGUGCCUUGCUUUGUGCGGUGAGUGGUGGCUGUCGUGGCGACGCGGGUGGCUUGAUGCUUGGGAGGUGCUGUAGGCCACAGCGGGGGUCCACCACCCGGCCUAAGAUAGCCGUGUGGUCUAUGGUAGUCCCUGUGUUUGUGUAGGUGGAAAAGUACAGUAUUGCACUAACAUAAUGGGAAAAGCUGGCAGGUGGUCAAGUAACAGUAGAUUGUGGUGCCACGUUGUCGUGUCAUGAAAGCCAUGAAGGCCAUGUCGCGUUGCCGGAGAACCUGCUGUAUGUCAGUGACCGCACGCAUCUUGACGGUUGGCGCUGCAUUGGGCUUUGUCGCGUGCUAACAUCGGGAGGGCUCCAUCCCACGGAAGCGAAACGUUUUGUCAGGAAUUGCGAUCCAGAGGGUGAUACGGUAUGUAAGAGUAUUGGCUGCGCCGCUGUUGCAUGGUUGGGUUGAGUGCUUGGAGGCAUAAAAGGGGAUUGUUGGCCCCUGGGGCUGUUGUUACGGGACUGUUAAGAGGGGGGUGUUUAGUGUGGCGUAAUUACCGUGUGUAUGGGGCUCGACCGCAUCCUGAAGCGCUGAGUCUGUUGUGUUGAGCACCUCCCUUGGUGCCUGUGCAAGUGUAGCAUUGCGACUCUGGGUGUUCGUUGCCAUUCUGUGAAGGUUAGUAAACGGUUUGGGGGCAUUGCAGCGUGCUCGGGGCAUCUACAGCCUCCAUGGGAGGGGCGGGGCUCUAGGGGACGCUUUGGGGUUUUGUGCACGUGUAUGUAAACACCUGAGUGAUAGGGGAGUGAUGAAAUGGCGUAGCGCGGACAGAAGAAUAAAUAGUGACCGAUUGUAUUGGGGGUCUUGCUGGGGAUUCUUCGUGGGUCUUUCUCCCAACCACUUACUGGCGCGUCUUCAUCAUGUUUGUUGUUUUGCACAAAGAUGUAAUAAUGUGCCAUAACGGUUGUGUAGAACAGUCGUACGUCAUGUGUUUUCAACCUUUCAGGACAGGGACAGAAGGCACAAUUGACAAAGUGAUAUUACAAUCAGGCCAUUGCGGAAAGUGAUUCAUUCCGUAUGCUUAUUUAGUGUUAGAAUGUUACAUCGAACAUCCAGUCGAAUAAUUCAGCAAUCGUUGGAAGCGGUUGCGGGUUAGUUGUCCAACUGUUCGUCAACUUAUGUCCCUUUAUAUGACCCAGGUGGCAUUGCACACCUAGGAAAGCACCAUUCUAUUCAUUAAAACACACAGGAAAUGCAUGGGAACAGAAAGACAAGAUAACCAGUAAACAUACACGUCUCCCCAAAUGACCCCAGUGACCCAUGGUUCCGUGCGUACCAGCCGUACACCCACAACCCGCAGCAGCGAUCUCACCAUUCCGCUGCUAGCUCUCCACGAAGCUGCUUUGGCAUAGCUCCAUACAUUCACGCAUGCUUGGAAACCUAUCAAUGCUACUACUCCUUGCACACACGCGCACACAUGCAUGCGGCACCUACUCCGCAUCCCGCGACUCGGCAGUACCUUCACGCGCUCCGUUCGCUGCUGCCAUCCGCACCC